GUGCAAUACUGUAAAAGAUGAAAAAAAAAUAUGAUUGGUUUGAGAACACGAUGACCGUCACAUUCGGCAAUUUCCUUGUAAAAGUCAACUUCUCUUGUUCAAAACAGGUCAAGGUGGCCAGGUGGGUAAACGUUGCAUCAACGACCCUUUAGUCAUUAAGCCUGGCACCAACAUUUCUGAGUUAUAAAAGUUACACUUAAACACUAGAAACACCGAGAACGAAAGAGAUAGCACCAUCCUUAGGUGAAGCCAUGGAAGAAACUAAGCGAGUUGACGACAAUGAAAAGCCAAAGUUCAACUACAGAGGACUAAAGGCCAUGCCUUUCAUUAUAGGAAAUGAGACAUUCGAAAAACUCGGAGCAAUAGGUACCUUGUCCAACUUGUUGGUGUACUUGACAACAGUAUUCAACAUGAAGACGAUUACAGCAACAACUUUGAUCACCAUCUUUAAUGGCACCACCAACUUUGCAACUUUGUUAGGGGCUUUCCUUUCUGAUACCUACUUUGGCCGCUACACCACCCUGGGAUUCGCCACCAUUGCCUCGUUUCUGGGAUUAUUUGUUAUAGACCUAACAGCAGUAAUCAAGAAGCUUCAUCCUCCCCCAUGCGGAGACGAGGAAAGAAACUGCACUGGACCGUCACAAGGACAGACAGCAUUUUUACUGAUGGGGUUCGGACUACUGAUAGUAGGAGCAGCAGGAAUAAGACCGUGUAACUUAGCCUUCGGAGCUGAUCAGUUCAACCCUAAUACAGAAUCAGGAAAAAGAGGGAUCAACAGUUUCUUCAAUUGGUACUUCUUCACUUACACUUUUGCACAAAUGGUGUCUUUGACACUGAUAGUGUAUGUGCAAUCCAAUGUGAGUUGGAGCAUCGGAUUAGCCAUUCCUGCAGGUCUUAUGUUCAUUGCUUGUUUGCUGUUCUUCAUGGGUUCCAAGAUUUAUGUGAAGAUUAAGCCUCAAGGUAGUCCUAUGUUGAGUUUAAUUCAGGUUAUAGUUGCUGCAAUAAGAAAAAGCAAACUGAAGCACCCGGAUUCUCAGUCGAGUUCUGUGCUGAAGUUUGUGUCUUCUGAUUCUUUCAACUCCAAAUUGCCUCACACAAACCAGUUCAGAUUCUUUGAGAAAGCCGCGAUAAUAACCCCUGACGACCAAAUCAAACCUGACGGUUCAGCAGCUGAUGCUUGGAAACUCUGCACAAUGCAGCAGGUAGAAGAACUGAAAUGCAUACUAAGAGUGUUACCCAUUUGGGCAUCAGCCAUAAUAUACCAUGUUCCUAUCGUGCUGAUGCACACGUACGUGAUAUUCCAAGCACUUCAAUCUGAUAGAAGCUUUGGAAAAACAAAAUUCAAAAUUCCAGCUUCAUCCUACAUCGUUUUCAUGAUGAUAAGCCUCACUGUUUGGAUCCCAAUCUAUGAUCGGAUAUUAGUCCCAUUCCUCGAGAAAAUCAAAGGAAAAGAGGGUGGAAUCACGAUUCUUCAAAGGAUGGGAAUCGGGAUAGUAUUCUCCAUUCUCACAAUGCUCGUGGCAGGGUUGAUAGAAAGUCAUCGCAGGAACCUUGCACUAACAGAACCAACACUCGGAAUUUUCCCAAGAAAAGGAGAGAUUUCUUCAAUGUCAAGUUUCUGGCUGGUUUUUCCUUUAGGUUUAGCAGGACUUGCAGAAGCAUUCAUGGCGAUUGGUCAGGUGGAAUUCUACUACAAACAGUUUCCUGAAAACAUGAGGAGCAUUGCUGGAUCUAUCUUCUUUUUAGGGAUCGGAAUGUCGAGCUACUUAACCAGUUUGUUGAUCUCUAUAGUUCAUAGAACGACAAAGAAAGGAACAUCAGGUGAUUGGUUAGAUGAAGAUCUUAACAAAGGGAAAUUGGAUUAUUUCUAUUACAUGAUAGGUGCACUAUGUACAGUAAACUUUCUGUAUUUCCUUGGGUGUUCUAAAUGGUUUAAGUAUAAAGGGAGUAAUGAAAAUGCCAAGAAAAUAGAUAUAGAACCUAUAGGUUGUGUAGAACUUAGUGAGUCUCAGAAGGGAUCUGUAUGAUUUUCGCCGUCAGAGACUGCAGAAAACAGGAAAGGAUGUUUCUGCUUUAGUUUUUACUCAUGUAAAUUACAGUAUAUACUUAUCACAACGGCGUGUUUGGUAGGCCGGAAUAGGUUGUGGUUAUGGUGAUGAAUUUAUAUAUAAAGUUGCAUCUUCGCGGA